AUGACAGAAGUGAACAAAUUCCAUAUGAACAAACUCUUCGGUGCAAAUGAUGCUCUCAGUUUACUUUUAUGUAGAGGUGCAGCACAGUGGUAAGUGACUUAUUUUUGAACAACACUUAGUCAAUUUCACAGCAACGUCGACACUUCAAAGCCAGAAGUUAUUGCCGAAUUCGAAAAAAAGUACAUUUGUGAGAAUCAUAUCAACGAGUUGUUGACUGGCUGGUACAGAAAUGUAUAUGGACAUAUUGCUAUGAGAAAACAAGGAAAGGGAUCCGUGAGUUUGAUAUUUAUUACACAAUAAUUUUUUAUAAGUUUUGAAUUAUUCAUCUUUUACAAAAAAAAAAACAACAAAAAAUAAAAUUUUCAAUAACAGUGUAUGUUUCAAGCGCCUAAGCACACAACACACAUGUGUGUCGUUGAUAUUGUGUGUUGCGCGCGUGAGUAGAAAUUAAAAACUGAUCUAAAACUUUUCUGGGGGUCCCCCUUUUUUCGAUUUUUUUUGACUAAUCUGAAUCAAAAUCGCGAGAGGAACACGAUGGAUCGAGUGAGAAAUCGCGGAAAUUGCGUUUAAGGGGUGAAAAUUGGCGUCAAAAUUUUUUCUUCAAUUUUUCUAUUUUGCCUCUGAAUUUUUUGAAAUCUCGUUAAUGCAGGCUUAUAGAGCGUCCCAAGAGCUACAAAAUCCUUUUUUGAUCAUCAAAAAUUAUGAAUUUUAAGCUGACUUUUGAUUUUUUGAAAAAAUACCCUUUUUCGUCUUCACCCCCCUCCACCAAAUUGGUGCAACGUUUUUAUGAAAAAUUAUAUGGUGGAAAAUGUUCACCAUCCAUCCAUGUAUCAAUAAAAAAAAUUUGAGCCGAUUCUAAAAUUACGCCCUUUUUUGUUGUCCGAGCCCUUUCAAUAAAAUUUACCUUUUUGCAAAAAACGUCUCUUAAGUUUGCUAAAGUUCAAUAAUCUUGAGAGAAUUAUUUAAAAAUUAUUUCACAAAAAUAAUUCACUGUUUCAAUAUUUUCAUUAAUUUUUCUCGAACAUUUUGAAAUUUGAUUCUAUUUCAUUCAAGUCCAAAAAAAUCACUGUUUCAAAAUUUCCAUUAAUAUUUUCUGAAAAUUUUGAAAGUUAAUGAUAUAUCUGAAGAAUACAGUUUGCUAAAGUUCAACAAUCUUGAGAGAAUUAUUCAAUAAUUAUUUCACAAAAAUAAUUCACUGUUUCAAUAUUUUCAUUAAUUUUUCUCGAACAUUUUGAACUUUGAUAUAAUUUUCAUUUUAUACCAUUUAAAGUCCGAAAAAAAUUCACAGUUUCAGAAAAUUCAUUUUUUUUCAAAUAAAACUUCCACGUGGCAACUCACAUCUUCCUUUCUCCUUUUCGAUUCCAAUAAUACAUAACAGCAUCUCCAAAAAAUGUAAAAAUAGUUAAAGCCAUACUAAUAUUAAAAUACAUUUGAACAUUUCCAAUGGAUUUUUGAGGAGCAUAACCACAACUAGGAACUUUUUCAUCAAAUGGAUCAUUUAGGGUUAAUAGGGAAUAUAUUGAGAAGCUUAGGGGGAGCUGGAAGAAAAAGUUACCGUAUUUUAAAACAAAAAAAAAUUGUGAUAGAACUUACGAUAACUAAACUAGCCACAGAAAUCCAAAUUCUCUUCCAUUUUUCAUAGAAUCCCGCCCAUUUCAAUGCAAAUAAUCGAUCAAUCGAUAAUCCAAAAUGAAUCAAUAAUAUUCCAGUAUUUCCACAAUAAAUACCACUUGAUUCAUAAAAACAAUUCGAAACAUUCUCAAAUUGUCCACAUUUUUUGUUUUGGUCGAAAAUUUUGAGAAAAACUUGUUUUUUUAUGAGAAAAUAUGCGAAUUGAUGAAUGGUUUCGUAGAAAAUUGUGAAAAUUAGAAAGAAUUUGACAGUUUUCGGGAAGAUUCCGGCGAAAAAUAGUCGUUUGAGCGCAAAUAUUGCGAAAAAAUGUGGAAAAUAUUGGAAUUGAUAGAUUUAUUGAUAUUAUUGAAAUGUAAAAUGCUGAAUUUAGAAUAUCGAUUUCUGAUUGAGUUAGACAAACUUCACUCAUUUUUUUAAAAAGAAAAAAAAAUGAGACAACGUGAUUUUGUAUCUGAAAUUUCACAGCUGGAUGCUUUUUGAAUUAAUCUUGAAGUUUGGUUUGUCUAUGUAGUGCAAUAACAAAAUUUUUGCAUCAGAAAAAAUUACUGUUUCAAAACUUCACAAAAAACACCCUUUCAGUCUGAUAAAACAGGAAUGACGAAAAAAACACACACAGUUUUGAGAGAGUGCGAGACAUUAAAUUUUUUAUCAAUGGGGCGCACUUCCAUUUCUACUUUUAUUUUCUUGUUUUUGUGUUUUUCGGAAAUCGAAAAAAAGUAAAACAACGCUUGCCUGUUGUUUAAUUUUCACACACUGUUUGAGCGGAGUGUCGUUAUUUUAUUUUUACAAGAUUGCGCGUAGGAUUUGGUGUUUGCGGGCUGUUGGUGUUGACACACACUCUUAUUUUUUCGUUCUUUCUUAGGUUUUUGGAUGUAUUCGCGUAUUUUUUGUUAUUUUUCCAUGAAUUUGAAUGAAACUUGUAGUUAAAUUCACAUUUAUCUAUUUUCCUAGUACAAAAACAAGUUUAAAUCAUUUUUGAUAGUUUUAUAGUAAAACUGGUGCUCAAAAACUAUUUUCUCAAAAAAAAAAUAAUUGUCUUGAAUUUUUCUUUAGUUUCGAGUUCUUUUUAGAUUUCACUCAUUUUUAUUUUACAGGAAACACGAUUCAAUUUUUAUCAGCGAAAUGGUGGAAAUGUCGAAAGAAUUUAUGAGGCGAAUGAUUGUGAAUUUCGAGGAAAACUGGAGGAAAUGUGA